AUGCCAUCGUGCCCAAGCCGGACUUUCAGCUGCAACCGUCUACGUCUGUCCUUUAUUGGACUCAAAGGUAUGGAUAAGUUCAUAAAUAAAACGAAACGAAAAAUACCGGACGAAGAAAAUGAAUUCUCUGUUGUUGCUGGAAAAAAGUGCAGCCUUGAGAAAACUGAAAACAAAAACUCUUUAAUUCCUUUGGUCUGGAAGAAACUGGAAGCCGAAGAUCUUGACUGUGAUUAUACUCUGUUAUACACCAAGGCUGAGGCUGAUGCAUUAUUGUCAGAGUGUGAACAGACAAUCUCCUACAACACAGGUCAGCUAGCUCGGGUGCAGGUAUUUGGCAAAUGGCAUGAUAUUCCACGAAAACAGGUUGCCCAUGGAGACCCAAAUUUGUCAUAUACUUUUUCUGGUAAUACUGUUCCAGCUCGUCCCUGGAAACCAUUACUAAAUAAAAUUCGUGAAAGGAUCACUGAAGUGACUGGAUACACCUUUAACUUUGUUCUUAUUAACAGGUACAAAGAUGGCAGAGAUCACAUGGGAGAGCAUAAAGAUGAUGAGAAGGAGUUGGUUAAGCGGAGUCCGAUUGCUUCUUUGUCUCUCGCCAAGAGCGAGAUUUUGUGUUCCGUCACGAGUGUGCUCGGUGUAGUCAAAGCAAGAAAAACAAACCCCACCGCGACAUUGUUCCCGUCAAGAUUCAACUGCAACAUGGCAGUCUACUGA